UUGUAAAAAAGUGUGAAUAAUUUUGAACCAAUUAAAAUAAAUAUAAUUUCAAAUCCACGCUAUACAAAGGUCUUGUUAUCGCUUCCACAAGCUUUUUUACAAUUUAAAAGUUUUUCUUUUAAUAUCAAACAAAUUAAAAGUUCGUGAAAGUGUUCAACGCAGAAAAAUGCCGAAGCCAAAGUUCGACUGUGUCGGUUGUGAACGCGAAAACGCGGUAUCGGAUAUGGUGCUAUGUGACGCGUGCUCUAAGUGGUGGCACUUCGAUUGCGCUGGUGUUUCCAAGGAGGUGAAGUACGUGAAGUGGGUGUGUGAACGGUGUGAAAGCGGCGAAAAGGACGAGGCAGCCAAGGUGAAAGACCACGAGAUGAGUGGCAAACCUAGUAGGGCUACUCGUGGGAAGGCCCAAUCUCAGGAUGGCGAUACAUCCAAAACCCGUUUAGAGAAACCCGUAGAAGUACCUUUGCAGCAGAAACCAGCGGACCAAGAGUUAGCCUCAUCAAAAGUGUCCUUAGUCGCAACUCCGGACAUAGUUAUGGCUCAGCGAAGCGUUAGGAGCGAAACGGGUACUGCGCCGACAAAUACGGAGCAUGUGGAAAAGAACAGAAAGGCGCCCAGUCUGAUCGAAGGUUCUAGCUCUCGAUGCAAAAUAAACCCCAACCAAAAGGAUAGUGCAUCGCACGUUUCUCGCAGAAGUAAAAGCUCUGUGGCAACGACACUGAAGCUAGAACGUUUAGCUAAAGAGCGAAGGUUGGAAGUCGAAGCGCUUCAAACUGAAAUGAGUAAAAGAAUCGCGAAAUUGAAUUCGGAUUACGAAGCGAUGAAACAACAGAUAGAGGAUGGCAGUGUUAGCAAGAGAAGUGGUCGCAGCGUUAGUGAAACAUCACAAGUCGUUGAUUGGUUAACCAGUGACCAUGAGCGAAAAGUACUUCCCAACCCCUGCACAAGUACCGCGGAAGAACGUGAGAGUGCGAGGCGAUUGUGGGGUAGAAAGCUACCAGCGUUUUCCGGUUCGAUAAAACAGUGGCCUGUGUUCUAUAGCUACUACAAUCGGUCAACCGAGGCGUGUGGUUUUACUUCGGUCGAAAACAUCAUCCGGCUUGAAGAAGCGCUUACCGGACCAGCAAGAGAAGUGGUGGAAUCCAAGUUCACCUCUCCAAAUGCAGCUCCCCAGGUCAUGAAGUUGCUGAAGCAGUUGUAUGGACGACCAGGACUUUUAGUAAAAGAAUUGAUCGAGCAGGCACGGCAAAUCGAGAACCCGAAACCAGAGCGCUUGGACCAAUUGAUAUCUUUUGGUAUAGCAGUCCAAAAGUUAUGCGAUCAUUUGACGGCCAACGAAAUGGAAGAUCAUUUCUCUAAUCCGGAACUGCUGGAAGAACUGGUAAGAAAACUGCCGGCCAACAGAGCCUUGGAGUGGGUGCGAUUCAAACGGAACUUCGUUAAACCAACGCUAAGGGAAUUCUGCGCUUUCAUGGAAGAGCUGACUGAAGACUGUUGUGAAUUAACAGUGCCUGCUAAUGUAGAAGCUCUUCGUGCGCCACCAAGAAACAUUCGAGGUCAUUCCUUCCUGCACGUGUCCAAUGCGGUUGAAUCCGCAAGUAGAGUAAACACGAACGGCCAAAAUUCUCAUCAUGCGCAAGCUACACCAUCGCGAACGAGUGUGAAGUGCUAUGUAUGUGAAGAUCCAAUGCAUCGCGUCCGUCAAUGUGGAGUCUUCAGAGCCAUGACGGUUACAGAUCGUCAUGCUACAGUCAGUAGGUUGCAACUUUGCGCGAAUUGCCUGGGCAGUCAUGGAACGAGACCAUGCAAAUCUACGUUCGUCUGUAGAGUGGUGGGAUGCGGUAUUCGGCAUCAUACACUGCUCCAUCAAGAACCAUCCGCUUCCACGUCAAGUGCGCAGUGUUAUGCUCACGUAGAGAAAUCGACGACGACGCUAUUUCGAAUAGUUCCGGUGACUGUUUAUCAUGGCCAACGCAGUAUCGACACGUAUGCUUUCUUGGAUGAAGGAUCUUCUCUGACACUGGUGGAAACGUCGCUAGCCCAACAGUUAGGACUUGAAGGUGCUCGUGAUCCUCUAGAGCUGUGCUGGACUGGCAAUUACUGCAGGAGAGAGGAAUCAUCGCAACGUGUGCAGCUGGAGAUAUCGGCCAGGGGCGGUGAGCGGCGCUACUCUAUAGCGGCCGCUCACACCAUAAAUCAGCUAAGUUUACCGACUCAGUCAAUUGACACUUCACUGAUAUUGAAUUUGAAUUACUUCCAGGAACUUCCGGCGAUACAGUAUCGUAACGCAGUACCUCAACUGCUGAUUGGGCUGCAAGACGUGUCGCUGAUGAAGCCACUGGAAGUGCGAUCGGGCGAGGAAGGUCAACCAAUUGCUGUGCGAAGUCUACUAGGCUGGUCGAUUUAUGGUCCAAAAAGCAUCGACGGAUCGACAGCAGCAACGCCAUUCCCGGUCCACCGUCACGAAAGAAUAUCGAGUGUAGAUGAAACUGUGCAACAUCCGAACAGCAUGGAUCGACAAGGGCUACUUGAAGUGAACAUCGCGCAGAACAUCGCAGCAGUUGCGGAAGAUAGUUCAGCCGAAAGCAGCAAUGUAAACGGUGAUCAGACGACUCAUGAAAUGCUACGCCAGUAUUUCACUCUCGAAGACUACAACCGAACGGCAUGCUGAGCGUUUCACUACCGGCUUAUUGUGGGCAGAAGAUGAGGUAUGUUUCCCAGAUAGCCUUCCUAUGGCUAAGAAACGUCUAUUGGCAUUAGAACGCAAGCUGGAAAAAGAUUUACCCCUAAAAGAAGAAGUCCAUAAUCAGAUAAGAAUGUACGUGGAGAAGGGAUUUGCGCAUGAAGCAUCUAACGAGGAGGUGCUUGAAGCCCCUCCUGGUCGUGCAUGGUACUUACCAAUAAACGUCGUUGGCCACCCUCGCAAACCGGAGAAGAAAAGACUAGUGUGGGAUGCAGCUGCUAAAGUAAACGGGGUUUCGCUGAAUUCAAAGCUGCUGAAAGGCCCAGACUUACUAGUUCAGCUUCCUGGAGUGCUGUGCAAAUUCAGACAGAGACGUGUCGCCUUUGGAGGUGAUAUUGAAAAGAUGUUCCAUCAAAUACGGAUAAGAAAGCCCGACACACACUCUCAACGAUUUCUUUUUCGAUUCGAUCCGAGCGAAAGUCCCAAAACAUACAUCAUGGAUGUCGCUACGUUUGGCGCAACUUGCUCACCGUGUUCUGCUCAGUACGUUAUGCACGUGAAUGCUGACCAAUACAAAGAGACGUACCCAGAAGCUGCUGCUGCAAUCAAGCAGAAAACCUACAUGGAUGAUUACUUUGAUAGCUGCGACACCGUAGAAGAAGCAAAUGCGAGAGCACGACAAGUCCACUUUAUACAUAGCAAAGCCGGUUUUAAUAUGCGCAAUUGGAUGAGUAACGAGUCAACAGCCCUUGUAGGUUUGGAAAAAGCUAACAGAAUCCAACACAAGGCGAUAGAACUGGAACAAAAAGAACAAUUUCCGAGAGUUCUAGGUCUCACCUGGGACACGUCAACCGACGUAAUAAGAUUUGCUGCAAAUUGGCAAGAUGCUCUGAAACCUUAUGCGGUAGGAGAAAAGAGGCCGACAAAGCGAAUUGUACUGCGCAUUGUGAUGAGCUUAUUCGAUCCUCUAGGCCUUCUAGCCCCAGCACUGAUCCAUGGCCGAAUCCUAAUGCAAGACUUAUGGCGGUCCGGACUGGACUGGGAUGCUGAGUUGAGCGACUCAGAACAUCUUAAAUGGCAGCGAUGGGUUAACCUACUACCGGGUAUAGAAAGGCUGGAAAUUCCUCGAUGGUACUUCUCGAAAACAUCGGUGGUUGACUACAAUAGCAUUCAACUUCAUGUGUUCACCGAUGCGAGUGAACUUGGGUAUGGAUGUGCAGCCUACCUCCGCAUGGCAACGGCUAGCGAGAUUAAUUGCUGUUUGGUGAUGGCGAGAAGUCGUGUAGCACCAUUAAAACAUUUGUCUAUACCGCGCAUGGAGCUCGAAGCAGCAUUGCUAGGGGCAAGACUAAUGCAAGCAGUGAGCGAAAAUUUGGAGUUACACAUUCGUCACAAAUUCAUACAUACAGACUCUGAAGUUGUCUUGUCCUGGAUCCGUUCUCCCACACGGGAGUUUAAACAAUUUGUAGCUUGCCGAGUUGGCGAAAUACUGACGCUAACCGAACUGCACAACUGGAGGCAUGUUCCCACGAAAGAAAAUCCGGCAGACUGCUUAACUAAAUGGUGCAAAGAAACAGACAUUCAGCCAAACGGAAUGUGGUUACUUGGACCAUCGUUCUUGCACAAACCAGAAAAGGCUUGGCCACCACAGAAACCUAUCGAUAACACAACGGAAGAGCGUCGCGGACAUGUAAUGAUGCACACAGAAAUAGAGAGUUUUAGCUUAAAACCUGAACGAUUUUCUAAAUGGAGCGUGUUUGUGCGGACAGUAGCGAUUCUGUACCGGUUUAUAUCAAAUUGUAGACGAAAACGUGUAGGUCUUCCGGUGUUAACGUUAAAGGCCACUAAAAAACAGCAAGCUCAUAUUCUAAAAUCUGUUUCGUACGAAAACUUACCCCUAAGCUCCGAAGAGUUUGAGAAGGCUGAGAUAGUGAUAUGGAAGCUUACUCAAGAAGACGCAUAUCAUGCGGAAAUGCAAAAGCUAGAGAUCAGCCAGCCAGACCUAAAACAGGAUGCCGCAACCGAACUGGAGAAAAA